GAGUCACUCACAGCCGAUGCAUUUAAUGAAAUUGUAGGUGUCAGGGGAGAUGCUGCACGCGUGAAAGAGUCACAGAGCGUCAAGCAUAACGGACUUUUCAGGCUCAAUCUCGCAAAACUUUGAUUUCCGUCGGAAUAUUUUAAGGAUAACGGUUACACAUGGAUGAUACGGAGAUAACUCCUGAAGUAUUGGAGCAACUAUUGCAGUUGUACAACCUUACUCGUCAAGAGUUUAUUAAAACGUACAAGAUUCAGCCACUGGUUUACAUCCCCGAGUUACCGUCCAGCGCCAAAACUAUAUUUAUAAUUGUGUACACGGUGAUUUUUCUCCUGGCUCUCGUUGGGAACAGUCUGGUUGUCUAUAUUGUGUUAAGAAAGCGAGGGAUCCAGACUGCAACAAAUAUUUUCAUCUGCUCUCUCGCCGUCAGCGACCUCCUCAUAUCUUUCUUCUGCAUCCCAUUCACAUUGCUGCAGAAUAUUUCCUCUGAAUGGUUUGGCGGUGUGUUGGUGUGCAAAACAGUCCCUUUUGUCCAGACCACUGCCAUAGUAACUGGCAUUCUGACUAUGACCUGUAUCGCGGCGGAGAGAUACCAGGGGAUUGUGCACCCUCUGAAAAUUAAAAGACAGUGCACACCACAAAGAGCAUACAGAAUGCUGGGGGUUGUUUGGAUUGCAGCCAUGACAGUUGGGUCCCCAAUGCUGUUUGUGCAACAAUUGGAGGUGAAAUAUGAUUUCCUAUAUCAGGUCCAUCAUGUAUGCUGUCAGGAACGCUGGAGUUCAAAUGCCCACAGGAAGCAUUAUGCUACAUUCAUUCUAGUGUUCCUUUUCCUCCUACCCCUUGCUGCAAUGCUACUAAUUUACACCAGAAUAGCCAUUAAGCUCUGGAUUUGCAAACAAAUUGGGGAUUCCUCAGUGGUAAAUACCAUGAACCACAGGGAGGUCGGCAAAAUAUCCAGGAAGAAGCGACGAGCAAUCAAGAUGAUGGUCACCAUCGUUGUGUUGUUUACUGUCUGCUGGGCACCUUUUCAUACAGUGCACAUGCUGUUUGAACACAGUUAUCUGGGGAAAAAGUAUGAUGAAAUCACAGUCAAUAUGAUUAUUGCUGUCACACAGGCCAUAGGGUUUUCAAAUUCGUUCAACAAUCCUAUUAUCUAUGCUUUCAUGAACGAAAACUUUCAAAAGAACUGCAAGUCCACCAUUUCGUUUUGCAUUAGGAGGUCCAAUCAUCGCGUGGAUGUGACGGACAAAUCAAAAGUUAAUUUUUCGAAAUCUCCCAGACAGAAUGAAGAGAUUUUUGUGCUGCCCAGGAUACAUAUAGUCGACCAUGUCACAUCUGCAAAGUCCAACACACAGGAAACUCUAUCCUUUCAAUAGGAGAUAAUUUCCAAGAUGCAUGCAAGAUGUAUUAAAAAAUGAUAAAACUAUGUAACAACCUCAUUCCAAAAUACAAAGACCAUAGUUAAGUCAUUGAU